GUUUUCCCGUGCGCAUUGCGCUCGUGUACGCGCCCUCACGUGCACGCCCCGCGUCUCGCCGUCCCGUUAUUCCCGGGUCUCCGCGAGCGGCAGUGCUGACCCUGCGGUCCGACAUGUCCCAGCUGCCCGCAGUCAGCAGCGCUCAGCAGACGGGCGCAGCGAGCGGCGACCGCGGGCUCCCGCAGGCCGAGGUAGGCGGCGGGCGGCGUGCGCUCCCGGGCCCGGCGCUCCCGGAGGAGAUCCGGGGAGGCCCGAUGGCAGCGGCCCGGGAUGGCCCCCCAGCCCCGGGAGCGGCAGCCAGGGGAGGCCGGGUGGCUGCAGCCCGAGAAGGCCGGGCGGCGGAGGCCCGGGGAGGCCCCGCGGCGGCGGCCCGUGGUGGCGCGGCGGCCCGCGAAGGCCCGAUGGCGCCGGCGUCCAGGGAAGCCCGGAUGGCGGAGGUGGCCCGGCUGCUGGGCGAGCCGCUGGAGGAGGAGGCGCCCGAGGGCAGGCCCCGGUCCAGGGCGGGCGGCUUGGCGGCGAUGCCGUACCUGCGCCUCCGCCACCCCCUCAGCGUCCUGGGCAUCAAUUACCAGCAGUUCCUGCGCCACUACCUGGAGAACUACCCGAUCGCCCCGGGCCGGAUCCAGGAGCUGGAGGAGCGCCGGCGGCGCUUCGUGGAGGCCUGCAGAGCCCGGGAAGCAGCCUUCGACUUAGAGUACCUGCGCAACCCUCAGAGGGUGGAUUUUGACAUUUUAACGUUUACCAUAGCCCUGACUGCGUCGGAGGUGAUCAAUCCUCUCAUAGAAGAACUGGGUUGCGAUAAGUUCAUCCAUAGAGAGUGAGGAGGCAGGCGAGGGUGGGCACGGCAUCAAGAAGACCUCGGCAUCCAAGACAAACCCCAUCUACAACUUGGUUUUCGGAAGUUAAAAGAAUCUUGAGAAUAGUCAGCGUGCAUCGUUGGAGGGAGGAAAAAGGCAUCAGAAAUUUGGGGGGGGGGGGAAUGUCCAAAGCAUCCUUAGACUCCUGUGACGUUUCUUGAGUUUAUGAUUGGUUGAGCGUUCUUGUGUUAGGGAAAACAUCCAUCCAUGUGGCUUCGUUAAUGAGCAAAGAGGAUGUUUUUGUAAAAUUUUGAGACUUAAAGAAAAUUGCCAGUAAAAGAGCCCUCGAUGAAGAAAGAUCAGCGUGAGAGUUUAAACUGGUUUCAGGACCAAGUUUAUGUCAAGUACUUGACCUCCUUCUCUCAUGUCCAAGUCAAUGAGACUGAAGAGUUAAGACUCAUUUUGUGUUUCUGAGACAUUGGGAAUGGCAAGCAACAUAAAUAUUGUAUAUAGUAUGUGAUAAGUAGUGUUUUCAAACAUAUCAAAUUUCUGGAAUUUGGAUUUCAUUUUCCAAAAGUUUUUCUUUUUCUUGUUUUUUUUGUAAGUCAUCUAUUCAUAAGCCUCAAGAAUAUGAAGACUGAAGUCUUUUGUCCUUCCCUUCUUGUCCCCAUACCUAAUGCUGCCUCCAACGUCAGUUUCCUUCCUACUUUUGUUAUGUAUACACAUAUAUAUUUAUUUUUUUUAUUUCGUCACAAAGUUGACAUAUUUUGGUUUACAUGUUGUGAUUUUAUUGAGGAAAUAUCUUGAAGAACCUUCCGAGCCAGUAUAUUUACUCCUUAAAGCUGUGUUUGCAUUCUGUGGCUGUGAUCACCCAGAAGGAUACUGGACGCUUGGGCCGUUUCCCCUCCUCUUCCCCUCUGCCAGGCGUCUCCGGUGUUAUCACCCGGAGUUGCUUUGCUUCUGAACUCAUUUCUCAUGUUUACUGUCUCAAGUUGGAAUACAUCUUAUACUUGAUGGUGAUAGAGACCACUUUUUUUCUUCUUUUUCUUUUAAGUUUCCAUAAAAUCGAUGGUACAUCUCACUAGCUUCUUAGGCUUUUUGCUCUUGGUAGUGUCUGUACUCUGAUUUCUAGAGGUGACUGUCCUGGGCCAAAAGAUUGCCUUUGUAACUUUACAGAUAUGACUGAUUGAUCUCUGUACACUCCCACCAGUGGUUGGUAAAUGGAUAUUUUCUGAUUGUCUCGCCAAUAUGUUCAGCUGUCAGAUAUAUACUGAUUACCAGCCUGAAAAAGGGUGUAUCAGUUUCAAGGAUUUAACGUAAGCUAUAUUUUCAUUUAAGAAUCAAAAGGGGGCUUUCUUGGUGAUAGCAUACUCGCCUAGAAUAACCUAAUGAUAGCACACUAACCCCACUGAGGGGCUGGGGUGUGGCUCAGUGGUAGAGCUUCUGCCUAGAAUCCCCCAGUAAGGGGCUGGGGGCAUGGCUCAGUGGUAGAGUCCCUGCCUAGAAUCGCCCAGUAAGGGGCUGGGGGCAUGGCUCAGUGGUAGAGCCCGUGCCUAGAAUGCUAAAGUAAGUCUCUAGGCCUGGUUCCCAGCACCACAAAAGUCUGACUUUUCCUCUCUCAUGACUGUCCCCAUAUUUUUUUUUGUUUGUUUGUUUGGUUGGUUGGUUUUGUUUUUUGAAGCAGGGUUUCUCUGUAUAGCCCUGGCUGUCCUGAAACUCACUCUGUAGUUGACUGGCCUCCAACUCUGAGAUCCACCUGCCUCUGCCCUCUGCUUCCUGAAUGCUGACCCUGGCGGUCCUGGAACUUGCUCUGUAGACUAGGCUGUUCUCCAACUCUGAGAUCUGCCUGCCUCUGCUUCCCGAAUGCUGGGAUUAAAGGUGUGUGUCACCACCACCUGGCUGACUCCACAUUCUCUAUCCAUUUCUCCCCUCGAUUUUUUUUACUGACUCUAGUUGUUGAUUUGUAUUAGUGGCACUAAGUAUGACAGUAGUUUGUGAUAUGAGUUGCAGAUAUAUUUUUCCAGUUAUUUGGCUGGCUUUUCUGAAAGAUUUUUAUCCUUGACGUGGGUUCAGGGGAUCAAACUCAGGUCACCAGGCUUGUGUGGUACCCACAGAGUCAACACAACUGCCUGGAUUGUUUACCCUGCUUUCCCUAGAUUGUGCAAUAUUUUGAAUCCCAAAGUUUCCUUAGAGUAUGUGAAAGAUGUCAUUUUUUUGUUUUGGUUUUGGUUUUUUGUUGUUGUUGUUUUAGGUUUUUCAAGACAGGUUUUCUCUGUUGCUUUGGAGCCUGUCCUGGAACUAGCUCUUGUAGACCAGGCUGGCCUUGAACUCACAAAGAUCCGCCUGCCUCUGCCUCCCGAGUGCUGGGAUUAAAGGCGUCCGCUAGCACUGCCUGGCAAAAUGUCAUUUUUUUCAUCUUGGACCGUUUGGGAUUAUUCAGAGGCGUAAUAGUCUGAGGGAAGGACCCACUUUUCACUUAGCAAAGCAGCUCCUCUAAAGAGCUCUUAAGUUUUCUGAUGCUGAGCCACCCAUGCUCUCAGAGUUCCUGCUUGUUUUGCUCAUGUUUACUUUGGAGGGGGCAUUGAAACGUUUCUCUGUGUAACUCUGGCUAUCCUGGAAAUGAUUCUGUAGACCAGGCUGGUCUUGAACUCAGAGAUUCACCUGCCUCUGCCCCUGCUUGCUGGGAUUAAAGGCGUGCGCCACCACAUCCAUUAUUACUUUUAUAUAUUACUAUUAUUGCUAAUAUAUUACUAUUAUUUCAGACAAAACUUUUUAUUGGAAUCAUAUUUCUUAUAGCCAGGGGAUAACUGCUGUCUUUAAGGUACUGAGUCUUAUGUUUUAAAGAUUUUAUUUAUCUUCAAUAUGUAUGAGCUGUUGUUUGCAUUUAAGUAUGUCUACCAUGUAUGUGCAGUGCCUCAGAAGGCCAGAAGAGGGCACUGGAUCCUUUGGAAGUAGAGCUAUAGAUGGUUAUGUCGCCGUGUGGGUGUUAGAAACCAAGCCUGUGUCUUCUACAAGAGCACAAGUGCUCUCAACCUCUGAGCAUCUCCAACCACUGAGUCUUGGGGUGUGUUUUGUCGUGUUUGAUUUAAGACAGACUCUCACUGUUAACUCACACUGGCAUGAAACUAAAGGACUCGCUUGUCUCGGUCUCCAAACUCUGGGUUACAGGUACGAGCACCCUCAUCUAGCAAGGAAAGAGGCUCUUCUAGCCAGGCGGUGGUGGUGGCGAAGCCCUUUAUCCCAGCAGAGGACGGCGAGUCUCUGAGGCCGGUUGUCUACAGCGUGAGUUUCAGGCUUCGCAGAGAAACCCUGUCUCGAAAGAAAACAUAAAGAGAUGGAACUCUUCCUAUGCAAAUAAACUGUUUUUAUACUUUUUACUUAUUUAUUUUGGUUUUUCAAGACAGUUUCUCUGUGUAUCCCUGGCUGUCUCUGAACUCACUAUGUAGACCAGGCUGGCUUCCAACUCAGAAAUCCACCUGCCUCUGCCUCUGGAGUGCACGGAUUAAAGGCGUGUGCUAUUUCAUAGUUUUUAAAGACUGCCUAAACCAAGUGGUGGUGGCUCAUCCCUGUAAUCCCAGAAUGUGGAGGAUGAGGCAGGAAGAUCACUAGAAGUUUGGGAUCAGCUUUGGCUAAACGUCCUGGCUCAAAAAAAUUAGGGUUGGGAGGCAGCACAGCCUGUAAAAUGUUUGCUUUGAAAGAAUGGUGACCCAGGUUUGUCAUGGUAACCUGCAUGAAGUGUCAUGUGCUUGUAGUCCCAGCUCUGCUGGCGUAAAGGGAGGAUUCCUGAGGUUCACUGAGGAGCCAGCAGCCCUGGGUCCCAGUGAGAGGCCUGGCUCUGACCUCCAGGCACACACACAAAUUUUUAAAAACUUCAUUGUAGCCUUAAAUUGAGUAUAAAUGUUUAUUUGGAGAGCACUAACACUGUUAAAUGAAUUUCCCUAUUCAUGGGUCUAGCCGUUUCAUCUUUUGUCUGCAUAUAUGUCUGUAUACUUGAAUGCCUGGUGCUCAAGGAGACCAGGAGAGGAUUCUGAUCCCCUGGAGCUGGAGAUACAGAUGGCUGUGAGCCACCAUGUGGGUGCUAGGAAUCAAACCUGGGUCCUGUGGAAGAACAGCCAGUGUUCUCAACCACUGAGGUUAUUCCUAUUAUGUUUUCUGAAAGCUUCCAUAUCUCUUCAAGAUGAUUAGUUCCUGCCCAUUCUCAGAUAGCCUGUCAGUGUACUCUGAUAUGUGUCUCUGUGGUGCACACAUAUGCAUAUACGCAGAGGCCAGAGCAGGACGUCACGUGUCUUCUAUCACUUGCCAAGACAGUCUCUCACUGAACCUGGAGCUAGGCCGGUAGCCUUCUUCUGUCUCUACCUUCCACAGUGAUAGGGCCAUAGCCAUGUGACCAUGCUCAGCUUUUUACAUGGAUGCUAAGAUUUGCAUUUCAGGCCCUCAUGGGUGCACAGUGUGAUGGCCAAUCUUGAUUGCCAACUUGAUUUAUCUGGAAAGAAUACCUCUAGCAUAUUGACUUAUGGGUAAGUCUAUGAGGCAUUUUCUUCAUUGCCGAUUAAUGUAGCAAGACCCAGCCCACAUGGGCAGUGCCAUCUCUAGGAAAAGUAGCUGACCAAGCCAGAAGUGAAAGCCCAUAAACAGCACUCGUCCAUGGCCUCUGCUUCCGUUCCUGCCUCCAGAUUCUUGCCUCGAGUUCCUGCCCUGACUUCCCUCCAAGAUGGACUGUGACUGUAGCGGGGUAAACUAAAAUAAACCCUUUCUUCCCGAGUCUGUUUGAUCCGUGUUUUCUCACAUCAGCUAGAACACAGAGUGAGUGCUCUCACCCCGAGCGUCUGUCUGGCCCUCUCUCAUCUCUACUGGCUCCUUGACCACUACAUUCUAUAUAAUAAUCGCGAUUCAUGAAAAUUCUUUCCAUAGCCCCCCUCUCGUGUGUGUUUGUAAGAAUGGAUGUUAGAAGUUGGACAGUGGUGGCAUGUUGUGGUCCAGGACCAGCCCGGGCCAUAAAUUAUUUCUCGGACCAGCAGGGAGGCGUGGGAAUAAAGACACAACUCACAUGACUUUAUCGGGAGGGAGUUUUCAGGGAUCCCUCAUGAAAUCCUGAGUUCACAUCCUAAAAAUUCACCUGUGUUUAUUCUCCAAACAGCUUUUAUACCAAAACAUAGACUGAGGGGGAAAUUCAUUAGCAUUCUGUUUCCUAGGUAACCAGGAGAAUGACUGUGGUCAGUCCACACCUUUCUAUGCCCAUUUUGUCAGUCUUCCUAUCUAUGCCUGCUCUGUCACGUAGUAGACUGAAUUAACACCUCUUUCCCAGGUGACCUCUCAAAUUAGAAGGAGCAGCGCGACAUUAGCAUAUCCUGACCCUUUGUUUAGGGUGGCAUCGGUUUGUCUGGAAAGGCUAGGUGACCUCCUGUGUGGCCAGGUGCUAACUGUGGCCUGAAAUUCUGGCCACCAUACACUGUAGAAAUAUGGGCCUGUAAGAUGCCCUACAAUCCACUCACCUCUUAUUAAUUUUAAUAAAGUCUGUGCUUCUGCGACAGGACAGAUUAUCAAGUGUGCAUUAGGCAAAAACUUCUCCAUAUGCCCAAAUUUACCCAUUCUUGGAACAGGCAUUCCAUUCAUGCAAGCUCCUGUCUUAGGCACCCAGGGAGAAGAAGCUUCAAACCCUUCUCUGACUGCCGACCUCUGUGAACAAAAGAGAUUAGGGGAGAGAGAUACCUUUGGGCUCUGUGUCUCCGAGCCAUACUUUCUAGUCAGGAGAGAUCGUAAUGUUUUAUGAACAUUCAUGCUCCUAAAGACUAUAGUCUCCUAGUUAAAGGAGAGGAGG